GAUGUGGCGGCCGUUUGCACCUUACACCAUUUUAUAAAUAGCUAGAGAAGGCGAUUCAUGUUUUCAUCAGCCUCGAUACUGCAUCAUCUUCUUUCUCUCACUACUACAUGUGGAAGGUGCAGCUAAUUGGACCGUCAGUUCAUCAAUCACUUGUCUCUGCACCUCCCCACCACGCAUAUAUGGCGCCGCCUUCGCACUGCUACAUCAGCAAUGGCGCCCCACAGAACGGCGUUGUCGUCCCUGUGGAAACGGGAACUCUGCCGCCGCAGGACUCCCACCUGCUCGACCCCGACGAGUUCCGGCGGCAGGGCCACCAGGUCAUCGACUUCAUCGCCGACUACUACGCCCGCAUGGGCGAGUACCCCGUGCACCCCAGCGUCAACCCCGGCUUCCUACGACGCGAGCUCCCCGCGGACGCGCCGUCGCGUCCGGAGCGCGACGCGUUCGACGCGGCGCUGCGGGACGUCCGCGACCUCAUCCUGCCCGGCCUGACGCACUGGCAGAGCCCUCGCCACUUCGCGCACUUCCCGGCGUCCAGCAGCACCGUCGGUGCCCUCGGCGAGGCCCUCACGGCCGGCAUCAACGUCGUUCCCUUCACGUGGGCCGCCUCGCCGGCCGCCACGGAGCUCGAGAUGGUCGUCGUCGACUGGCUCGGCAAGGCGCUCCACCUGCCCGAGAGCCUGAUGUUCUGCGGCGGCGGCGGAGGAACGCUUCUAGGCACCACGUGCGAGGCCAUCCUCUGCGCCCUCGUCGCCGCGAGGGACCGGAAGCUCGCGGACAUUGGGAGCAGGAGGAUCGGAGACCUCGUCGUCUACUGCUCCGACCAGACCCACUUUGCCUUCCGCAAGGCUGCCCACAUCGCUGGCAUCCACCGUGACAACUGCCGCGAGAUCGCGACGUGUCGCGAUGACAUGUUCGCGCUCUCGCCAGCCGAGCUGCAUGCCGCCAUGCAAGCCGACGUGGACGCCGGGCUGGCCCCGCUCUUCCUGUGCGCGACGGUGGGGACCACCCAGACCACCGCCGUGGACCCCAUCCGCGAGCUCAGCGCCGUCGCGGCGGCGCACGGCGCCUGGGUCCACGUGGACGCGGCGUACGCCGGUUCGGCGCUCGUCUGCCCGGAGUUCCGCCACGUGAUCGACGGUGUCGAGGCCGUGGACUCGUUCAGCACGAACGCCCACAAGUGGCUCCUGGCCAACAACGACUGCUGCGCGCUGUGGGUGAUGAGGCCGUCGCUGCUCGCGGCGGCGCUCCGCACGGAGCAGGAGUACAUCCUCAAGGACGCGGCGGCGGAGGGGCACGACGUCGUGGACUACAAGGACUGGUCCGUGACGCUGACCCGCCGGUUCCGGGCGCUCAAGGUUUGGCUAGUGCUCCGCUGCUACGGCGUCGAGGGUCUACGUGCCCACGUCCGCGCACACAUGAGCAUGGCCGCUUCGUUCGAGAGCAUGGUCAGGGCUGACGCGCGGUUUGAGGUGACGGCGACGAGGCAGUUCGCGCUGGUGUGCUUCCGGCUCCGGUCGCCGGAGAAGCUGGGCGGCGAGGAGACCGCCAACGAGCUCAACCGGAGGCUCCUGGAGGAGGUGAACGCGACCGGCUCCGGGCCGUACAUGAGCUCCGCCAUGGUGGGUGGCAUCUACAUGCUCAGGUGCGCCGUCGGGAGCACGCUUACGGAGGAGCGGCACGUCCGUGAAGCGUGGAAGGUCUUGCAGGAUCAAGCUGCUUCCCUCCUCCGUAAAAUGGAGAUUGAUAACGGAAAUAGCAGUAGAAUGGAGAUCACGACAGCUAGCACGAUGGUGAAGCCCAUCUACGUACUCCACCGGGCACCCGCUCGCCGGCGAGAAGGAUGCAUAUGCAACUACUGUCAGUUCUUAAAUAUAUGACAUUUAAGAUAAAAUGAUUAGUUAAAAACUAAUCCUUGCUGGUCAGCUAUUGCUCGCCCCGGAAUCUUUGUUUUUGCGCAACUUUCUAUUUUAAAAAUGAUAUAAGCUUAUGUACAUAACUUUUCUGUACAAUGUUGCUAAAAACUUCUCAUGAUUCUUUUUAGUACAAUUUUUGAUAAUAACGUUGUCGUCA